AUGCUGUCUUCAUACGAGUCUGCCGGCGUGAACCAUGCGGAACUCUACGAGACGCCGAGAAUAGCCCAAGUUCCCUCGCCAGAGGUUCGAGCAAGCAGCAAGACGUGCACUGUCUGUACUCACACGGCCAAUGAGGUCCCUAGCGCCGUAGGGCUGGCGACUGCUGCCACCUCUCGGCGAUCCCCUAGUCAUACCUGGGACGCCGCUCUGCUACGAUUCGUCGUGGCGCCUGUGCCGAUCUUCAAGGUGGGAGUACGAGGCGCUCCCGGCGUGGCUUUCCAGCCGUUUCCACCAUCCUAUCCUAAGUCAACACAUAACUGGGCCAGUACAAGCACGGCAUAUAUCAAGCCAACCCACGACACAGCCUUACCCGGCCACCCUCUCCUCACCUUGCGGAUGACCGUGUCUCACCCCCACCAGCGCACCUCCUUGGGCAGCAGCUCGUCGGUCUCGUCACCCGUGCUGUCGCCGCGCGAGUUAACCUUUGACGCCCCCGGCCGCACCUCGUCGUCACUGAGCUCGACCGACCCCACGAGAGGCCAUCCUCGCCCUUCUCACCACAGGCACCGCUCGUCGACGUCUUCUCACGACGAAGCCCGCGGCUACUACUACGGCCGUCACUCCAACAAGUGGCUCUUUGGCGGCUUCAGCGUCCGUGACACCGUCGGCGGCGCCUUCAAGAAGAUCAAGCGCAAGGUCGUAGGCUAA